CUGGCGGGCCGCGCGCGCCCUGGCGGAGCUCGGCGGGCGGUGGGCGGGGCCGCGGCUCGCGCGGCGGAGAGAGGCGCGCCCCCUCCCCCAGUUCAAAGGGAAGCAAUGAGACUGAAACUCCUGCGCCUUCAGACUACAUCUUUUCACUCUUUAACUACAGUACAUCGAUGCCAAAGAUUUAAUAAAACUGGACAUCAUCUUCUAAAGCUGGAUAAUGAUGUUGACAGAACGGAUCACAGAACAGCUAAGAAGAUUGGAAACUUGUAUGCUCCGAAGACUGCUGCCCCUUGUUUGACAAGGCCCUCUAUGCAAGUCAAGAAUUGGCAAAUGAUCCAAGGAAAUGUAUCUGCUUUGGGAAAAAGUGUUUAUUAUCAGGGUGGGGAGAUGUUUUUCCCACCCUGGAAACGUUUUGGCUUGGCAGCAAUGGAAAACUACACGCUCAAUGUGGAGUAUAUUAAAAAGCUCGGGAACAUAUCAUCAAGAUUUUACACAAUUGUAUCAACUAGUAAAAUUAUUCCAAAACCAAGUACCCAGCCACUUAAGAGGCCACCAAAGGCACCAAGGACCAAGCAGCCCUCCAGAGCUAACCAGCCACUACUGUCAGAUGACAUGAAGAAUCUGAUGCAGUGCACAGCCUUUGCAACAGCAGAUGAAUAUCAUCUUGGUAAUCUGUGUCAUGACCUGACUUCCCAUGGAUAUGUUGAAAUAACAAGUUUGCCCAGAGACGCUGCAAAUGUUUUGGUGAUGGGUGCUGAGAAAUCUGCAAAAGAUGAUGAUCCUGGCAUGAUUUUUUUCUUCAGGGAAGGGGCUGUUGUGUUUUGGAAUGUGGAUGAGAAAAGUAUGAAGAAUAUAAUGCGAGUGCUGGAACAGCAUGAAAUUCAGCCAUAUGAAGUAGCAUUAGUCCACUGGGAAAACGAAGAGAUAAACUAUAGAAUAGGAGAAGGGCAAUCAAAGCUUCAUAAGGGAGAAAUCUUGUUAAAUUCUGAGCUGGAUACUGAUGAAGUAAUUCUGCAGAAAUUUGCCUUUUCAAAUGCCCUGUGUCUUUCUGUAAAACUGGCUAUUUGGGAAUCGUUAUUGGAUAACUUUGUGGAAUCUAUCCAAUCAAUUCCUGAGAUCCUAAAAUCAAGAAGGAAGGUAAAACUAUCUCACGCAGAUGUCAUGCAGAAAAUUGGAGAACUUUUUGCAUUAAGACAUCGCAUAAAUCUGAGUUCAGACCUGCUAAUAACACCUGACUUCUACUGGGAUAGAGAAAAACUGGAAGAGCUUUAUGACAAAACAUGCCAAUUUCUCAAUAUUAAUCGCAGAGUUAAGGUAGGUGUAUUACUGUUGUAACAAUUUUCCAUAUUGCAUUCAACUGUCAUUGGCUCAGCCAGGCUACAGACUGCUCCACAAAUGUCUGUUUUAAUUUUUUAAAAGUCAAAGACCAAUAGGCUCCUGUACACCAUCCCCCUUUCUGUGCUCGUAACCCACUCACAUCUUUUACCCAGUUUAGGUUAACAACCAUGCCUCAACCACCUAGACUUAAAUGGAUUCUGUACUUCCUGAGCCACUAACUUAGGCUUUAAAUAGUUGUAAGAAGAGGAGCUUUAAUUCUUUUUCUGAAGUGUGUGCAAGAAAACAAGUUUUAAAAAAAAAAAAAUGUGAUGUGAAGCAGUCUUCUUACUGAUGACAUGAUCAUCCAGGUCAGUUCAUUGCAGGGCAAUGUAAUGCUUACUGCUCUACCAGAAUAAGCAUGAGAUACCUCUUCCAGUGGUACAGCAACCUUACAUACUUAUUUAGCUACUUUUGAGGCAUUUCCAUAAGCCGCAUGUCAUUUGCUUGCAUUGUUUUGUGACUAAAUGUCACCCAGUAGCUGUUUAAUACCUGCAUAUGCAUAUCUAAACUUGUAUUUGUUUUUUUAUGACUGUAGAAAUAAGAGUUGUAUUAGAACUCCCAUUGCUUGUGCAUGUUACAAGACUUUGCAUUCUGCACUUUCACAGAAACAUUAAUAGCUUUCUGCAGUGAGCCCCUUUAUGGAUUGUUUCCUUAGUGAUCUCAUACAACGUGUAGAAUCCAGCUUUGCCCUGUGUUUGAAAUCUGUUGCAGGUAAUGAAUGAAAAGCUUCAGCACUGCAUGGAGUUGACAGACCUAAUGCGAAAUCACCUGAAUGAAAAGCAUGCUCUGCGCCUCGAGUGGAUGAUAGUAAUACUCAUCACCAUAGAG